AUAGACUACUUUGAUUGAGUAAACUCGAUAUCGAUUGGAUGCCUAAUUUACAAAUACGACAAAUCCGAAAGUUUUUCCAAGCGAAAUUGAACAAAAAAAAAGAAAACAACAAAACUUGUGUUAAAUGAGUGAAAUUUUGUUGUUUUACAAAUAUUUAUUCAAUUGUAGUGUGUUAUUCAAUGAAAAUCAUUUAAUCAUUUGAACAGUGCGCAAAAACAUCAAGUGUGAUAAAAAUAGGCACACACCAAACACAACUGACACAAAUAGCACAAUACACGAUCAGCUGUAAUAGCAAUUUCACAUACAUUGCUCGUUCGAAUACUGCAAUCGAAAGAAAAAAUCGUCAAAAUGUCAUCACCACAACCGACACCUGUUAAAAAGAUACCGAUUCAUUUACAGAGUUCGCAAAGUCGUCUCUAUAUCAAACGUGGUCAAGUUGUAAACCAUGAUAGUACUUUUGCUGCUGACAUUUACAUCGAAGAUGGAAUUAUUAAAUGGGUUGGACCGUCUGGCGAAUUUGUCGUACCCGGUGGCGUUCGAGUGAUUGAUGCAGCCAAUCGUCUUAUUUUGCCAGGUGGAAUUGAUCCGCACACACAUAUGCAACUUCCAUUCGGUGGAGCAGUGGCUGUUGAUGACUUUUAUCAAGGAACAAAGGCUGCAAUUGCAGGCGGAACUACGACUAUUAUUGAUUUUGUGUUGCCAAACAAAGGCCAAAGCCUCUUAGAGGCGUAUGAUCAGUGGCGAGCAUGGGCCGAUCCAAAAGUUUGUUGUGACUACGGUUUGCAUGUUGGAGUCACUUGGUGGUCAAAAUCCGUUCGGGAUGAAAUGCGCAUUUUGUGCGCUGAACGUGGCGUGAAUUCAUUCAAAAUGUUCAUGGCAUACAAGGGUCUUUAUCAAUUGGACGAUUCCGAUUUGUACGAUGCAUUUGAAGCAUGCAGAGAUUUAGGAGCUGUUGCUCAAGUGCAUGCCGAAAACGGAAGUAUAAUCGCAAAGAAUGCAGCAAAACUAUUGGCCGCAGGGGUCAACGGACCCGAAGGUCAUGAGCUGUCACGAAGUGAAGAAGUUGAAGCAGAAGCCGUCAAUCGUGCUUGCAUUAUUGCUCAUCAGGUUAAUUGCCCACUCUACGUUGUUCAUAUUAUGUCAAAAUCAGCAGCGAUUGAAAUCGCUCGUGCUCGUCGACGUUACAAGGGUAUUGGCAUUUUUGGUGAAACACUCGCCGCUACGCUAGGUAGCGAUGGAACGAAUUGCCAUCACUCAUGUUUCAGACAUGCUGCAGCACACAUUCUAAGUCCACCUCUAAGACCCGAUCCAACAACACCUGAAUUUGUUAUGAAAAUGCUUGCAAAGGGACAUUUGCAAACGACAGGAAGUGACAAUUGUACAUUCAAUAAAGAGCACAAAGAAUUGGGCAAAAAGGAUUUCACCAAAAUUCCAAACGGUGUGAAUGGUGUUGAAGAUCGAAUGUCGGUGGUGUGGGAGCGUGGAGUGGAAGCGAGAAUUUUAAGUCCACAAAAGUUUGUUGCAAUAACCAGUACAAAUGCGGCAAAAAUCUUCAAUAUGUAUCCACGCAAAGGUCGUAUCGCUGUUGGAUCUGAUGCCGACAUCGUUGUAUGGAAUCCAGAAGCGACUCGUGUCAUUUCGGCUAAAACGCACUAUCAAGCAUGCGAUUUUAAUAUCUUCGAAGGCAUGAAGUGUCACGGCGUUCCAGAAAUCGUUAUCGUUCGUGGUAAGGUUUGCGUUGAAAAUGGUCAAGUUCGUGUUGCCGAAGGUCAAGGUCAGUUCAUCGAAACGCCAGUUUAUCCAUCAUAUGUGUACAAACCAUUAAAUGGUAAUUCGAAUGGCGAUGAAGCUGAUAAUGAAGACCACGAAAAUGGCGACGAUAAAAAUGGAGCUAUUGAAGAAUUGGAAAUUGAAAUUCCACCAAUUGAACCAAUUACAAAGUAUUUGGCUGGUCCAGCGUUGAGCAUUACAUCAGAAACCAAAUCAACAGCUCAAUCCAUUACCGGAGCCAAUCGAGCACCGCGUCAAGAUGGUCAACGCAAUAUGCAAGAUUCAACGUUCUCACUGAGCGGUAAGAUUGACUCUUUUAAUACCCAAAAUGUGACAAAAAUUCAAUUUUUCUUUCGUUUAUUUUGCCGAGCAGAAGAGUUGGAUAAGACUGGUCCACGUGCAACCAUCAAAGUUCGUAAUCCACCAGGCGGAAAAUCAACCGGAUUUUGGUAAAGUCAUCUCAAAAUACACCGAAAAAUGGAUUAAGGGAACAUCAGUAAAACAAUAUAGCAAAAAAACAUUAGCGAUUAAGUACAAAUAACAUCCAUGAAACCAUCAACAUAUGUAUAAUCGUAUCUUCUUUCUUUCGAUACUAUCCCAUUUUGUAUGUAAUAUUACAUUAAACGGAUGCAGCCUUUGUAUCGGAAAAUAACGUUAGACAUUGCAUAAGCUUAAGUUUUGUUCUUGCUUCGAGUAAUAUAUUAAAUUCAUAGAUGAAUGGCAACCAUAUGAAUGAUUUUUGAUAGGAAUGUGUUAGAGCACAAUAUGGAAUUUAACAUUUUUAAUAUAGACGACAUUCAUUUUACAAAAAUCAUUCGGCUACAAUCGAUUCACCAUUUCAUCAUAGAAAAUUCCAAAGAUCUAAUUGCUUUUUUUAUAAUCGGUACAUUAAUAUCUACAACAACAAAAAAUUAU